AUGUUCUUUUCUUCUUUUCAGACCAAUCAUCCAGGCCGGUGGUCAGGAGCAGGCAGCAGCUACAGCAGCAGCAACAGCCUGGGGCCAAGGGAGCGAAGAGCGGUGCGGGCUACAGCAGCGGGACACGCAGGGGACCACAUUAACCAGCACGCACCUCACCACCCUCCACACGGCCGCGUCAACACUGCCAGAGAGGAGCGGCACUACCAGGCCCCUUCUCCGGUCCGCAAUUAUAGCUCACGCCCUCUGAUCCUAGCGUCAACUUUCCCUCCAUCGCAGUCUUCACACCAGGGUUUGAAUCACGGCCGACAGCUCGAGGCGGUCUCCUCAUCGUCGGAGUCUUUAACCCAAAGCACGUCCGUCUCUGUGGGACUAAGGAAAGGAGAUCCCAGCCUCCUCAGCCAUAUCCCCAGGGCAGCCGGAUCUAGCGCUUCUUCCAGUUCGCGCAGCUUGAGCAGAGGAAGCGUUUCAUCAUCUGACCCGAGCUCGCCGCCUCCCCCCUCGGCCUCCUCCGCUUCGUCUUCGUUUUCCGGGCGUUUGGGACAGCCUCCUCGCGGCCCGCUGUCUCUGCACAGCUACAGCCGCAAAAAUGUUUUCCUCCAACAUUCGCUGCACACUGCCGAACUGCAAGCACUCACGCAGAGGGACAGUUGA